AUGCAGAGCACUUUGACUCGACUGGUACUUGCUUUAUGCGAUGGCUCGUCUACUCUUCGAGAUUUGGGUAGCUUGACCUCGAUUCUUCUACUUUCUGUCUUGCUGUAUAAGUUACUACACGUGCCAGUGGCAUCUCCGCCCCGAAGUAACCGUUCCCUUCCGCGCUUGCAAUUGCCUGGUUGGAAGGUCGCCCAGUUGUUCUUUGAGAAGAGGUUUGAUUUCAUCAAAGAUGGCUUCAAGGCUACAUCAUCUUCUAUCUAUCAGACCAGUCUGUUCCGACAUACCGCCAUUGUUCUAUCUGGGGAUGACGGCCGGAAAGUCUUCUUCAAGGAGAAGGGUCUUGGCUUACAUGAUACAUUCUCAAUCAUGAUGGGCAGUGGCGCUGCUCAAUUUGAUCCCCAUCAAGUUGGCGGCGUAGUCAGACGAAUGGCUUCGAUUCAACGAAGUGAUAAUCUUCAGAAGUUGAUUCCAUUGAUCCUGUCCGAAUGCCAGCGUAAAAUGGACGCAUGGGGUAGCGAGCGUAUUCUCGACCCCUGCUCUUCCCUUCACGAGGUCACUUUUCAAUUGGUCAUGCGAAUUGCUUCAUUUGAUAUCUCCAAUGACCCAGUGCUUUCAGCUCGUCUCAAGUCACUUGUCGACACUAUCGACUCUAUCACUAACCCAUACUCAACUUGGUUGCCUUGGUUACCUGGCCCAGCCUUGUUCUACAAGUUCUUUGCUUCUGUUCAAAUUUACAUAACUGUCCAAGCGGCCAUUAACACUAGGAAAAUGAGCGGAAUCAAGAGGAAUGAUAUGCUGCAGCAGAUGAUUGAUGAUGGAGAUGGUACAAUUCAAAUCUUUGGGUGCAUAUUAGGAUUAUCCCUAGCUGGAUCUCGUGCCACUGGAACAAUAGUAACAUGGCUAAUCAUGCAAAUCUCUUCGGACCCAACUUGGUCCUCAAAUGUUCAAGAUGAGAUCAGAACCUUUAUAUCUACCCACACGCCCUCAUCAGCCUCUCUCUCUGGGAACACCCUCACCCAAGCCCUCUCAGAGAUCCCACUCACAGCCUGGGAAUCUCAAACACCUAAUCUCGACCUCUGUAUACGCGAAACACUGCGCACCUCACAGCCAUACACAGCAGUGCGAAAGAACGACGGCCCAGAUCUUACAAUCGGGCCAUACGUUAUCCCCUCGGGGUCUCUCGUUAUUUACCCAUUUUCGGACACAGCGCUCAACCCGAACUACUACCCAGACCCAACUCGCUGGGAUCCGUCUCGCGGAAUUGAAAAGGAAACGCCGUUUAUUGGCUGGGGUGCGGGAAAGCAUGCCUGCAAAGGCCAGCGACUUGCGACGUUGAGUAUGAAACUUGUGGUCGUUUAUGCGAUGAUGCGGUUUGAUAUCACGAUGGUUGAUGGGCAGGGCGAAAUGAUCAAUCGUCUUCCUCUUCCCGAAUGGAAUGAUUCUGCAACUUGUCGCCCUAAAGAGGAAUGUGGAAUCAAGUUUGUUGCGAAGUAA